AUGGAUCCUCCUGCUCAAAACAGAGGACCAGAUCGCUAUCUUUGGAGGAACUCGGCAGGUUCCUUUGACACAAACUUCUCUUCCAAAUCUACUUGGAACUUCCUUCGCACUCUGUCUCCGACGGUUCCAUGGGAGAAAGUUAUUAAGAAGGUGGGGGUUGAUGUUCCUGCUGAGUGCAUCCUUUGCUCUCAAGGGAUAGAAACCCAUUCCCAUCUCUUCUUCGAAUGUGAGUUCUCCUCGGAACUUUGGACCUCGUUAACUACGGUAGCGGUGGUGCGUACAGAAGCCUGCAACUACGUGCGAGCUAGGCUUCUCUCCAUUCCUCCAAGCAGCGGUUCGAGUGCCUCUCUCCUAGAGGUGUUUUUUCGUUGUUUGUCUGGCUGGUUGUAA